CAUGACUGUGCUCUAAUCCGCGUGCAGGACAAGGAUGGCUGCGAUAAAAAUAUCUUUGUCAAAUUAUUAUUCAUGUUCAAGCACAUUGUCAGCAACCGCACCUUAGAUCUUGCUUUGGUUCUUCCCAUGGAUGCUUCACCACGUCAGCGCCUCCUAGAUAGAGACCUGCGACUCACUCGUCUGCGUACACGGCCUGCAGCUUUAUCUGAAUUCAUCACUCUUCAUUCAAUUAUUCAUGGUGCUUUACUUGUCCCAGAUUUUGACAACAAUAGGGAUUAUUUUCUUGUUGACUAUAUCGAUACUGACAUGUUUCUUCAUGUCCAAAGGAAACUUAUCUAA